GGACGAAACUUUGGGUGACGCGUGAUAAGCAAAUACCCGAAUUUAAAGUGGGAAAAGUUAACAAUAGCUAAAAUUAUAUGCUACGUGAAUCAUGUUACUUCCCUCUCCUGAGCAAGAGGGUUUCAAAGCUGCUUGAAUUUUUUCUAGUCUGUUCCAGGCGGUCGUAUAGUCGGGGAGCAGCGCAAAAAACACGGCGAGAGGAAAAUACUGUGCUCAACUAAACGGAAGUCUUGACAGCCUAUGAGUUGUACUCCUCAACCACAACUAAAUACUUUGUAGAGGAAAGCUUGAAAUUUUAACCACUGCUUUUGUUAAAAGUGGGUUGGUUUUAAGGGUCAUCCUUCCACAACAUAUGGUGGUCUGACGCAACCUUUCGCUCGGGGAGGGAGAAGCGGGACGUUUUUACUUCCUGUCCAAAUAUUAAAAUUUUCGAUCCCCGUACGUCAUCUGUUCAGUUCACAUAAUUUGAAAGGAGUGGCAAUCCUCUCUAGGCAAAAAGAUGGCGACUGGUACAUUUACCCACAGUUUUUAGCGCAACCCAGGCUACUCAAUGACCUUUGUACAGGGACAAAUAUAAACAUUUGGCUUUCUUAGUGCCUUAUAGGCUGUGUUAAGUUUGCAAGGCAUUGUAGUAAAAUGAACAGCCGCCAUCUUUUUUCCUACGGUGGAUUGUGAACGAUAAGGGACCCGACGUGGGAAAGUUGGCCUUUUUAUUCCAAAACAUCUCUUGUCAAUCCCUUUAGGAUCUCCUCACCGGCAGCGAUGCCCCUAACAAUCUCAAGCUUAUAAAAGACCCCCCCUUCCUUGCCAAUACCCUAAAACGCUAGCCCGUUAGUACACUUGCAGAAGGCAAGAGGACCUUUUCGCGCCGGAAGUCUGGGCUGAUAUCGGGUGUACUCGGGGGACUGGGCUAAAGUACCAAAAUGGCGGCUGAUUGAUUCAACUAUGGAUCGACUCUCAUCUCUGGCUUUCGAGGCUGUCUGUACGCCGCAUAAUAAUAAUAAUGGAUGUAGCGUACUACACGCUGCAUGCAUUGAAAGGGACGUUACUACAUGUAAAACUAUUCUUUGUUGUAGUCCAAGCAAACUGGACACGGCAAUAGCCUUGAGGGUAAAGAUGGCAAAGAACUCCAAAGCCACGUGUGACACUUCUGUAACAGCAAGAGAUCUUGUCAAAGGUAACAACGACGCUCCAGAAUUGUUAAAAAUUAUCGAGAGUGCCGACAAGAACACACAGCAAUUGUCACUCGUGCUUGAAGCGGCACGUAAAGGUAGUGUUAGACACGUCAAAAGAGUUUUAAAGAUGGGGGAAAGUAUUGACGAACCUUCGCCAUUCCGAGACGAUGGAUCGGCCACGCCUCUGUUACUUGCUGCAGCCUCUAAUUCAUGUCGAGUUGUACGAUUUCUGGUUGAAAAUGGAGCAGACGUUAAUGGAAAAGACAGAGGUAGGAGAGGAGUUCUCCAUUACGCAGCAAUGGGAGGAAACAAAGACACAGUCUUGUAUCUUCUCCGCUUGGGUGUUCCUGUCGACUGUAAAUCGACUUGGGGAAAGAGUGCGUUACACAUGGCAGCUGGUAAGGGUUACGCUGAAAUUGUAGGCAUUCUCACUCAAAAUGGAGCUGAUCUCCAAUCUUCUACCGGAUUUGGAGACACGCCUCUCUUACUUGCUGCAGAAGAAGGUCAUGUUUUAUGCGUAAAGGCACUUGAGCAAAAUGGUAGCAGUGUAAAUGUCUCAAACAUGGCCCUUUACACCCCACUUCACAACGCAGCCAAGGAAGGAUACAGAGAAGUUGUGAGUUACCUUCUACGAAGUGGGAGUCGUGUUGAUACUACAUCUGCUAAAGGAGAAACACCUUUGAGCUUAGCAGUGAGAAAAAUUAAUAACAAAGACACCGUUGCAUUAUUACUUUUGUAUGGCAGUAGUCUUAACUUGUGUGAUCGAUAUGGACGAACACCUCUUCACUAUGCUGUAGAAAAGGAAGUCGCUGAACUUUUAGUUGAGAAGGGUGCUGACCUUCAUGUUAGAGACUUUGAGGGGAAAACACCACUGUUCUUAGCAGCAUUAGAUGGUUAUGAAAAAGUUGUUGAGUUCCUUAUCGAAAAAGGAAGUACUAUAAACAUGUCUAGUGGUUCAGGUGACACGCCCCUCCAUGAGGCAGCAAUCAGGGGGCAUGUCAACAUAGCCCAACUAUUGCUACAACAUGGAGCUAACAUUAAUGCAAGGAGAAUGACAGGGGAAACUCCACUCUUUCUUGCUAUCAUAGCUUGCAAGUUUGAAAUGAAGCAACUCUUAAUUUCAUCUGGUGCUGUUAUGAACAUUUCGACUUUUGAAGUUCAAGAGGCUUAAGGUAGCCAAUAAAUAUAAUAAAUUGGAAACAUGUCCUUUGUUUCUUUAGAGUUACUGAAAAAAAAAAUUGAAGUCUGGAAGAAUAAACCAAUGUUGGAGUUCCAUUGUCCUGAAAUUAACCCAGUAAAACUAUAGACAGAAUUACUUCAUUUUUCAAUAAAUAAUCCCAACUUGAAUAAA